AUUAUCUAGUAAAUUUACCUUAUUUUUGUGUUUAUCACAUUUUUAGAUAGAAAAAAGUUUUAAAUGAUCAGAUUGAUUAACUUAAAUUAAAUAGUGGCUGCAGGUGGAGACCAUAUCUGUUAUGUUGUAAAGAUUCAUAGCGGCAUACGAGGAGCUACAGCAAGCUAGCACUCAUUUAUGGCUAUAGAUGCUCCUCUUCUCGACGGCUAUGCCAAAAGUGAUCAUCAAGAAAACAAGUAUAUCAGCGUCGUUAGAGAUUUUAAUGAAGAGUCCAAGCGGCUAUGGAAGCUAGCAGGACCAGCGAUAUUCACUGCCAUUUGUCAGUACUCGCUGGGUGCACUCACUCAGACCUUUGCCGGUCUCGUGGGCGAGCUUGAGCUCGCUGCUGUUUCCGUUGAGAACUCGGUUAUUGCUGGCCUCGCCUUCGGUGUCAUGCUGGGAAUGGGCAGUGCAUUGGAGACGCUUUGCGGGCAAGCCUACGGUGCGGGGCAGCUGAGAAUGUUGGGUAUAUAUAUGCAGAGAUCAUGGGUGAUUCUGUUGACCACUGCCUGCUUAUUGGUUCCAAUUUAUGUUUGGUCUCCACCCAUUCUGGAACUCAUUGGACAGACUACUCAGAUAUCUACUGCUGCAGGCAAAUUUGCUCUAUGGAUGCUUCCGCAAUUAUUCGCAUAUGCAAUGAAUUUUCCAAUACAGAAGUUUUUGCAAUCACAGAGGAAAGUGUUUGUAAUGGCUUGGAUAUCCGCUGUGGUACUGCUGUUGCAUGCAUUUUUCAGCUGGUUGCUAAUACUGAAGCUUGGCUGGGGCUUAACAGGAGCAGCAAUCACCCUCAACACUUCUUGGUGGAUCAUAGUUAUUGCCCAAUUGCUGUACAUUUUCAUUACCAAGUCUGAUGGGGCUUGGUCUGGAUUCUCAUGGCUUGCAUUUUCAGACUUGUGGGGUUUUGUCAAGCUUUCUUUGGCAUCUGCUGUUAUGUUAUGCUUGGAGUUUUGGUACUUGAUGGUACUGGUGGUGAUAACUGGUCGUUUGCCUAAUCCCCUUGUACCAGUUGAUGCCAUUUCUAUAUGCAUGAACAUACAGGGAUGGAAUGCAAUGAUCGCAAUCGGUUUCAACGCUGCCAUAAGUGUGAGAGUAUCAAAUGAACUUGGAGCUGGGAAUGCUCGGCUUGCAAAAUACUCAGUGAUAGUUGUUUCAGUGACAUCCAUCGCAAUAGGGGUUAUUUGCAUGGCUGUGGUUUUUGCAACAAGAGACUAUUUCCCCUACCUCUUCACUACGAGCGAGGCCGUUGCUAAAGAAACUACUAGACUUUCAAUCUUGCUAGGAAUUACCGUGCUUCUGAACAGCCUUCAGCCUGUCUUAUCUGGUGUUGCUGUUGGAGCUGGAUGGCAAUCUCUUGUUGCAUAUAUCAACAUUGGUUGUUACUACAUUGUUGGAUUACCGGCAGGCAUACUCUUAGGAUUCACAUUUAGUUUUGGUGUCAUGGGUAUUUGGUCAGGGAUGGCAGGAGGAAUUCUGUUGCAGACCAUAAUACUGAUUAUAGUCACUUCAAUAACCAACUGGCAAAAAGAAGCUGAAGAAGCUGAAAGCCGUGUUAGGAAAUGGGGAGGAUCAAUUGCAGAGGAUCGAUCUGAAUGGUGAGAAGUGUUCCAAGCAUAGAAGAAUGACACCGUUGCUUUUGCAGUGCAGAGACAGACAGCGAGACAUAAUCAUCUGAGACAUGUUAGGCCUGAGAAGUGAUUGUAGCAAAUGUCUUCUUUCCUACAAUGUGAACUAAUUCAUUUAUGAAAAAUGAAAGAUAAAAAUAAAAAAUUCACCUUUUGAGCUA